UAUGGCUGAUAGUGCUAGUGAAUUAGAAAGCGAUACAAAUUCCAUGAAUGACGGCCCAACAGCCCGACUGAUGACUCCUAAUCAUAUUGAGUACAUGCAGAGGAGAAUGGAAUCGCUUCAACAAGAGAACGUUGUCCUUAAAACAGAGCUGGAAAAGUAUAAACAAAGAGUAAAGACACUCGAAGAUGAUAAUGUUCGACUAAGAAGGGCCAGUGUUUCAAUACAAGCUCGUGCUGAGCAAGAAGAAGAAUUUAUAUCGAAUACCCUUUUAAAAACCAUUGAAACCCUCAAGAAAGACAAGGAAGAAUUGGCAAUGAAAUACGAACAGGAAGAAGAAUGCCUCACGAAUGAUCUCAGCCGAAAACUCUUUCAACUCCAGCAGGAGAAGCAAACCCUAGAAACAACUCUAGAACACGAACAACAAAAGGAAAUAAAUAAACUUAAAAAGAAUACCGAACGCCUCGAAGCCGAUAUAAAACAUAAACAAGCUUUGCUAGAGGAGCUACGUCGCGAUAAAGUUCAAUUAGAAAACGAGCUGGAGCACGAACAAGAGGCUCUAGUUAAUAGACUUUGGAAACGAAUGAGUACUCUUGAAUCCGAGAAAAGACGUUUACAACAACAAUUAAAUGGUCAUACAGAUAUUCCUUCACCGAGAAAUAAUAUUGAAGAUGAUUCUAGUGCAGCCAGUUUGAGAAACGAAGUCUACCGACUAAGACAACAAGUAACUAAUUUACAAGCUGAUCAUGAAAGGCGAACGGCCGAAUCGGAAGCAAAAGAGAAAUCAGCCAGAGAAGAAAAUACCUAUAAACAUAGAAGACCAUUACUGUCAGCACGCAGGGAGAGGAGUCUGAGUGAAAAUUCGUCAGAAGUAAUAAAAAGGGCUAAUACAUCAAGCAGUAAGAAUUAG